AUGCAGGCGGUCGUGAAUCUGAUUCUUGCUGCUUUACUCAUUCCGAGCUGGAUAAGUAUGAUGAGGCAUGUUGAGGAUGACUUGAAAUUGAAAUCUGAGAGCUUCAGCUCCCGAAUGAAAUCAGAAGUCGAGCACACAGCAGAAAUCAUACACUCGAUGAACUUGAAAGCUACAGCUUUAGCCCGAAUUCUGCAUUCAUCUCUAAGCAGCACAAAUUUUUCUUUCGUGGAUGUCGAAACUAAGGUUGCUCCGUCAAUGUUUCAAGCAUUAUUAGGGGUUCCGCACAUCACUCAAAUUUCUUAUGCCAGAGUAGACGGCCUCUUCUUCUCCUACUAUAUCGAUCGCAACCAAAUCGUCAUGCUGUAUGCCAACUCUUCCCUCUAUGCCAAUUCAAGUUCGCCUGAUGCCAACAAGUACACUUGGUAUAAACAGCCGGUGGACCCUAACACAGGAAAGCGCCGCGGAGAUGCAACCAUAUCUCAUCCUCAAUCUCUUGUUAGUUCUACUUGGUUCCGAGAAGCCUUGAAUAGCACAAAUGGGGUAGCCUCAUUAGACAUCGGAUGGAACCACAAGCAGGACCAUGUGUUGCUUAAUGCUGCCAGUGUCGAUGCAAGAGGAGUAGUCUCGGUUGGGAUUCUUGUCAAGCAAGUAACUGAUUUCUUCUCCGAUAUUAACUCAGGGGGAAGCAGCUUGUAUUUGGUUGGUGAAGAUGGGGAAGUACUUCUACAUGGCCUUCCGAACACCCAUAUGUCUAUAACUGAUGAUUCUGUUUCCAUUCAAGUAAUGGGUCGAGAUGGUGUCAUGGCAGGUCAUAUUGGUAAAUUCUCCUGCAAUUUCAGUGACGCCAAUUCAGGAACAUCUGCAAUGAAUUAUCAGGAAACGAAGUAUACGCUUCACUGUGCACCGGUUAAUAUAUUGGGGAAGCAAUCUGUGUACAUAUUGGCAGUCCCUGACCAGACACCGAUCGGUUUUGCUCAUCAGAAGCACACAUCGUUGUCACUUCUCCUAGCAUUGCUCAGCAUGGAGGUCAUCACCAAUUUGAGUUUCGUGUUCUUGGCUGCAGGGGCUUUGAGAAGAGAGAUGCACUUGCGUGCCACACUUAUAAAGCAAAUGGAGGCGACUUGGCAAGCUGAGAGUAAGAGCACGAGCAGGAGCAAUGCAUUUGCUCAAGUGAGUCAUGACAUUCGAGCGUCUCUAGCCGGAAUUACUGGCCUUAUAGAGAUAAGUUACAACGAAGUUUCUCCAGGCUCUGAGCUAGCGAAAAAUCUGAAGCAGAUGGAAGCUUGUGCAAAGGACCUGCUGGCUUUGUUAAAUUCCAUUCUCGAUACCAGUAAAAUCGAGGCCGGGAAAAUGCAGCUGGAAGAAGAAGAAUUCAAUUUGGCUCAACUUCUCGAAGAUGUGGUUGAUCUAUAUCACCCGGUGGCUAUGAGAAAAGGCGUAGACGUGGUCCUAGACCUGAGUGAUGGCUCGGUGCUCAAGCAAUCUCUUGUUAAGGGUGAUCGGGGAAAGCUCAAACAGAUCCUGUCUAAUCUGUUAAGCAAUGCCGUUAAAUUCACGGAUGAUGGUCAUAUAUCUGUUCGAGCAUGGGUACAAGAACCCCGCUUCGAAAAUCCGAUACAGGCUUCUGCUCGGAACAGCUGGCUCACACGCUUGUCAUGCUUGUUCUCUGAGAAAGAUGAUAACGACAAUGGCGAUGAAGCAGCGAGUGAAGUCCGGCAAAAUCCCGGUUCUGCAGAACUUGUAUUUGAGGUAAAUGAUACGGGCAAAGGAAUCCCCAAAGAGAAGCGGAAGUCGGUCUUUGAAAACUAUACUCAGGUGAAAGAAACGGCUCAAGGACAAGGAGGCACCGGUUUGGGCCUCGGCAUCGUUCAGUCUCUGGUUCGCCUCAUGGGCGGAGACAUAGAGAUAGCAGAUAAGGACGUUGGCGAGAGAGGGACAUGCUUCAGGUUCAAUGUUUUUCUCAUUCCAUGUGAAGCCGGCGCCGAGAAAUCAUCAGACAGAGACUUUGAGCCCGGAGGUAACAGCAUGGCAUGUAGUCUUGGGUUAACUGUCCACACUCCUAAUCCUGGCCACAAUCCUAGUGCUGCCCUGAGCUUUCAUAGCUCUCGACAAGCCUUUCGUCCUAAAUCAGAAGGGUCUCGUGUCGUGUUACUGAUCCAGAGUGAAAAGCGGAGGAGAAUUUGUGGGAGUUUCAUGGAAGGACUCGGGAUAAAAGUACUCAUGGCCAGCCAGUGGCAGGAUCUUCGUGUAAUUCUCAAGAAGGUGCGAACAAAGGUCAACCUCUCGCAACAUAGCUCCUCCGGAGAAUCGGACACGAGUUUAAGGAGCGGUUCCAGUGACAAGUCCCACGGCAAGGCCAGGGAUGUGGCUCUAAGUUUCCGGGAUGAUGCAGACUGUAUCCUCCCUGCCUACUACGAGAGGAAUAGUCGCAAAAAUGAAGCGGGCUUCGUGCUACUUAUAAUAGACGCAAGCUCCGAGUCUUUUCAAGAGCUAUGUGAGACCGUGGCUGAAUUUAGACAAUUUAUGCUGAGCAAUUGCUAUAAGGUCAUUUGGUUGGAUAAGCCGACAAUGAGGAAUAUCGACCAGAGGGCCAUUAGAGACGGCAAGAUAGACCCCCGUGACAUCAUCAUGUCAAAGCCCCUUCACGGGACCCGUCUGCUCCAAGUGAUAAGGCUUCUACCGGAGUUUGGGGGUUCGGUGCUAAGAACGUUGGGCGAGCAGGCGGAGGAGAGACCGGUUCAGCAUCUGGAAGUGACUAAACUUGUUUCACAAGAAACUGGAAAUACUAGCGCAGGGAAGCCUUUGAGUGGAAAGAAAGUGCUGGUCGCCGACGACGGUGAGGUGAUGCGAAAGCUGGCUGCAGCUAAUCUUUUGACUCUUGGUGCGACCAUCCAUGUCUGCGAAAAUGGGGCAGAAGCCGUCAAGUCAGUUCGCGAAGGGCUUAGCGAGCAGUGGCAGCAAGGACUUUCUGACUGUCGUCCUUAUGACUACAUAUUGAUGGACUGCCUGAUGCCGAUAAUGGAUGGUUAUGAAGCAGCAAGACAGAUUAGGGAGGAGGAAAAGCAUUACGGGGUGCACACGCCGAUCAUAGCGUUGACGGCUCACUCCUCGGGCUCCGAGACGGAGAAGAUACUUGAGGCCGGGAUGGAUCUCCAUAUGCAGAAGCCCGCGAAUGCGGCUCGCCUUAUGAAAGCCAUCAAUCAAAUUGAGAGCAGAUGA